AUGGUGGAGGUGCCGGCGGCAGGGACCGACGACACGAGCAUGGACAAGCACACAGAACCAGAGGCGGCGGAUGUUGACUCUGUCGAAGACCUCUCCGUCGCCACGGAAAUGAAAUUCCUGCUCCGCCUCACCCUCCCCCGAGAGCCAGAAGCAGACCAGAGCCGAACAGAAGACGGGCGGCAGGCCCUGCUGGAGGAGCAGACGCGCGAGAGCGUCGCGGCCACCAUCCGGGCGACGGGGCAGGCGGCGGCCACGGUCGAGGCCAUCAAGGGGGACGGGCUCGAGGAGCGGCAAGUUUGGGCGUCGCACUGGAUAGUCAAGCGGGCCAACUCGGCCUCGCCACAAGAGGCAGAGCAGGCAGAGCAGGCAGCACUGCCAUCAGGAGAUAGCAGCCACUACUGCCACUACUACUACUCUUACUACUACUACUACACAUGGAUACCGGUCGAGCUGUGCUCGCCGCGGAUGCAGCUGCGAGACCCGAGCACGCACACGCGCAUCGCGCAGGCGCUGGCAGCGCUCAAUGCCGAGUACACACUCGUGGCCAACUACACGUGCGAGGUGCACGUGCACGUGGGCCGCAUGGACGGGCGGCCGUUCGCGCUGCCGACGCUGCAGCGGCUGGCCACGCUGCUGUGGCUGGCCGAGCCGACGCUGCGCAGCAUCCGCGACCCGGCCUCGCCUAACUACCACAACGUCUUCACCUGGGGCGCCGAGCUGCGGCGCCGGAGCCGCCUCGCGCGGGCCGUCCUGGCCAGCGGCGGCACCCCGUCGAGAAGAAGAACGGGGGACGCGCAAGUCGACUCGAUCCUUGCCGCGAGCAGCAGCAGCAGCACGGCAGAGGCGUCUCGGCGGGACGUGCACGCGCUAGAGCUGAUCUGGGACGCGGCGACGCACGGCGAGCUGGGGCGGCUGCUGUCGGGGCCGGGCAAGCAGUUCCGGCGGCUGGGGUUCAACUUCAGCGCGUUCGGGCGCGAGGACGCGCGCGCGCGCACGAACCCGCGCACCGUCGAGUUCCGCAUCAUGGAGGGCACGCCGCGCGCCGACCUAGUCCUCGGCUGGCUGGCCGUUUGUGGUGCUGUUGCUGAGGCGGCGGCGCUGAGGUCAGACGAGCGGUUCCACUGUGCAGUCAGCCGCUUGCUGCUGCAGCUCGUGGAUGAGGACGAGGAUGAGGAUGGAGCGCGGCCGGGAGGGCGGGCUCUCGCAUUCCGCGAGCUGAUGCAGGACCUGCAGGUUCCGAGGGCCACGUAUGUCGCCUUUGAAGACAAGAUUGCCGCCCAGUGGACAGCAGCAGCAGUGGCCCGCCCCGAGCGAGUACCUAGGUAA